AGCCACGGCCGACUUUACUAUAUAUGGGCAAAGGCGAGCGAAACGGGCGCGAGCGCACUCUUCCGUGUUUGUGUGAAAUCGGGACGGAGCAGAACAGGAGGUAGCGGCGCCGCGGCCUACGGACGUUCGGCUUCCAUUCAUUCGGAGAGACAAACGGAGCGAAUCCGCCAACAUGCCUUACGAGCUCAAAAAGGUGUUUGCCAGCCUCCCCCAGAUGGAACGGGGUGUUUCCAAGAUCAUCGGAGGGGAUCCGAAAGGGAACAAUUUCCUCUACACCAAUGGAAAGAGCGUCGUCAUCAGGAACAUCGACAACCCUGCCAUCGCAGACAUUUACACAGAACACCCUCAUUCAGUGCUCGUGGCCAAGUACGCUCCCAGCGGCUUCUACAUCGCAUCUGGAGACGUCUCUGGCAAAAUCCGCAUCUGGGACACCACCCAAAAGGACCAUCUACUGAAGUAUGAGUACCAGCCCUUCUCAGGGAAGAUUAAGGACAUUGCUUGGACGGAGGACAGCAAGAGGAUCGCUGUGGUCGGGGAAGGAAGGGAGAAGUUUGGCGCUGUGUUCCUGUGGGACUCUGGCUCCUCCGUGGGUGAGAUCACAGGCCAUAGCAAGAUUAUCAACAGCGUAGACAUCAAGCAGACGCGGCCCUACCGUCUGGUCACCAGCAGCGAUGACAACUGCAGCGCUUUCUUCGAAGGGCCGCCGUUCAAGUUCAAGUUCACAAUGAGUGAUCACGGGCGAUUUGUCAACUGUGUCCGUUUUUCCCCAGACGGAAACCGGUUUGCCACGGCAGGUGCUGACGGCCAGAUAUUCCUCUAUGAUGGGAAGACUGGGGAGAAGAUCGUGGCCCUCGGUGGUGCUAAGGCCCAUGAUGGUGGAGUCUAUGCUCUGAGCUGGAGCCCAGACAGCUCUCAUCUGAUCUCUGCCUCCGGAGACAAGACUGUGAAGCUGUGGGAUGUGGCAGGCAAUGUGGCAGUCACCACGUUCCACCUGGGCACCGACGUACUGGACCAGCAGCUUGGCUGCCUGUGGCAGAAGGAGCACCUGCUCAGCAUCUCGCUCUCAGGCUACAUCAACUACCUGGACAGGAACAACCCCAAUCGGCCGCUCCGUACCCUCAAGGGACACAGUAAAGCCAUUCAUUGUCUGACAGUUCACAAAAACGAGGGGAGAUCUUACAUCUACUCUGGCAGCAACGAUGGCUACAUCAAUUACUGGGAUGCUGAGACGGGCACGAACGAUGGCUUUUCUGGCAAGGGCCACAGCAACCUUGUGUCCAAGAUAGCUGUGGAUGGGGAUGACCAGCUGGUCUCCUGCGGCAUGGAUGAUACUAUUCGCUUCACCAGCCUGACCAAGAAGGAAUACAGUGCUUCUGACCUAGUUAAGGUGGAUGUACAGCCCAAGUGUAUAGCUGUGGGACCAAGGGGAUACUCCUUGGCUGUUUGUAUUGGGCAGCUGAUUCUGCUCAAGGACAAGAAAAAGUGCUUCACACUAGACAGUCUGGGGUUUGAGCCAGAAGCAGGGGCCCUUCACCCAGGGGGAGGGACGGCAGCAGUCGGAGGAGCUGAUGGGAAAGUGUAUUUGUAUUCCAUCCAAGGGAACACAUUAAAGGCUGAGGGGAAGACCUUAGAGGUCCCUGGGCCGGUCACAGAUAUGGCCUUCUCCAACGACGGCGCCUUCUUGGCUGUCGCCGAUGAAAAGAAAGUCAUCACUGUUUUCUCUGUGGCUGACGGAUACACUGGUAAGAAUGAAUUCUACGGGCAUCAUGCUAAGGUGAUCUGCCUAGCCUGGUCACCAGACAAUGAGCACUUUGCCAGUGGGGGCAUGGACAUGUUGGUGUACCUGUGGACUGUCAACAACGCUGACAAGAGGAUCAAGAUCCCAGAUGCCCACCGGUUGCACCACAUCAGCGGACUAGCAUGGUUGGACGAGCACACCCUGGUGACUACCUCCCACGACGCCAGCAUCAAGCAGUGGACCAUCAAGUUUUAAAGCAGCCCAGGGCCGGCCGGAUCUUCAGGGACUGGGAACUACUGUAGAAGUCGUGGCAUUUUUCUCCCCCUCAGUUGUUCUGCACCUACUGCCUGUUUCUAUGAUAGUUUGCUGCUCACCAUCGCUGUCACCACCGUCGUCUUUGUGUCUGAGGAAAAUCUCAUAUCUAACUCCGUGUGCUUUUUUUUAAAAAAACCGUUUUAUUAUGCUUCAGUCUGUUAACUACUUGCGCAAAAUUUGAGACGAGGCAGAAUGGGAGCACUUAAUCAUUCUGGAGUUUUCCUUUCCAUGUUGACAUUCCAGAUGCAACGGCCUUUUUUUUUUUUUUGGGCUGCAGCAGACGCACUGCUGUGUUCCCUCGUGUUUUGGAGGUGUAUGCUAACGGUUUGUGGAGCGGGACUUGCGCUGGCCUUUGUGUGACUACAGAACAUUUCUGUAUCAUUCAGAAUAAUUAAUUUUGACAAAUUUGGAGAUGGCUGAACACAAAUAUUAAAGUAACAUAUAUGAUUGAAAUGCUGUGCAGUUGGUGAGGCUUUGUAUCUUUUUUUAUUAAAUAUCACAGUGCUUCUGUAUUUUACUACUUUUGCCUCCAUUCUUUAUGGGUGAAUAUGGUUCAUAAUUAUAAUAAUAAAAUGUUUCUACACAUCUGAAA